AUGAUAGAGCACUACCCAUCUCAGGCUCUCUCUGGGCUGACCCUUGCCAUUGCCACUAUUUUGCUUCUUGCAUGGGCCCAUUGGCGCUCUCAACAUACGCUGCCACUACCACCUGGUCCGCCUUCUGAGUUUCUUCUUGGCCAUUUCCGUGUUAUACCCAAGGAGAAUGCGGCAGCAGUAUACGCGAAAUGGUCGAGAGAAUACAAUUCGGACAUCAUACAUGUCAGAUCCCUGGGUCGUUCUACAGUCGUGCUCAAUAGCGCCGAUGUAGCCAGGGAUAUCUUGGACAAGAAAGGCGCCAACUUUUGUGACCGACCCCAAUUUACGCUGCUGGAAGUCAUGGGAUGGGGAAAGACCCUGACUUUUCUUCCUUUUGGAGAACGUUGGCAAAUGCACAGAAAGUUACUCCAGACCUCGUUCAGCAACACAAAUGUACGCCAAUGGCACAGCCUGCAGAUAACAGAAGCCCGACGAACGAUUCGAAAUAUAAUCAAGAAGCCUGAAACUUGGGAAACCUCGUUACGUAGGCUUGCGGUUGCCAUCGUUCUGCAAGUCAGCUAUGGCACUCAAGUGCUCGAGGACGAUGACCCUUACAUCCAAAUCGCCAACGAUGCCAUGUAUGCCACUGGCAAUGGUGGAGUUCCCGCCAAUAGUAUUGUUGAUCUAGUUCCAUUCGUUCGCUACCUCCCCGACUGUAUUGUCCGCGACUGGUCCUUGCGAUUUGCCCGGCAGUGGCGCUGGGCUAUUAAAAAGCUUCACGAUAUCCCAUUCGCUGCUGCACAAGCUGAAUAUCACAGAUAUGACCAUCAUAGAAACACAUCUCUAGCACACAACCUCCUACGUGAGUAUAAGGAUAAGGAGUCCCGCGGCCAGGAGCAACAAUGGUCCCUUGAUGAUAUCAAAGGGGCGGCAGGGGCAGUUUUUAUCGCGGGAGCAGAUACGACAUGGGCUACAUGUGUAAUCUUUAUUCUCAACAUGGUUCUUCACCCGGAAAUACAGGACAAGGCACAGCAAGAGCUUGAUACGUUGAUUGGAUUUGAUAAACUUCCCGACUUCUCGGACCGGCCCGCUUUGGUUUAUAUCGAGCAUGUUGUCCAGGAGAUUUAUCGCUGGUCGCCACUGGCUCCUCUAGGGAUCCCACACAAGUCGCUCCACGAUGAUAUCUACAAGGGCAUGCACAUUCCUAAAGGACUGUGGUCUAUGCCAACGCUUAUGCCAUGGCUCAUGAUGAGCGGGUCUACAAAGACCCCCACGAUUUCAACCCCGACAGAUAUGAAGCUGGGGAACCGUUUCCUGUUGGCAAUUUUGGAUUUGGGCGCCGCUAUCCCCACUGCCCCUCGAUACUUCUGCACCCUUGCCAAACUGGAAACAUGCACACAAGUAUUUGAUAAUGUGGUUGACACAUGGCUGACAAUGGUAUUUGCUGCUAGUCACCCUGAGCACUUUGACUGUGUCAUCAAACCGCGAAGUCUCGCAGCUGAGGCACUUGUCAACAGCGACUCGGAAUAG